AUGCGGGUCCAUACGAUGUUGACUGCUUCGCCAAACAUGAAAUGGGCAUCAUUCAGGCUACUGUGCUUGGUAACAUGUAUAUACGAGCUUGCUACUUCACGUGCAGCUUUGGGAGAUGUGGAACAUGUCGAGGAUCCGGCUGCAGACGGGUCUUUCAGACAGCUGGCCAUUGCGUGGGUUUCGGACAUCCAUUUGCAGCCGCACUACUCCAUGCUGGCUCACCCAAAGGAACGCUGCGGUAGACGAAGAGGGGAACCGACCGACUCCCCCGAGUCCCCCGGAGGGAUAUACCUCGAAGUUGAAACAGGCCCCGAGUUAGGGCGCGCGGGAUGCGGCUCUUCGCGCAUAUUGUUCGAUGAAACCCUUAACUUUUUGAACGGUCUUGUGAUCCAAAGCCGGGCAGCAGCAGCUGCCGGUAACCCCACUACGUCCCCUACAGCUUCUUCGGCCCCGAAAACUGCCUUUACUCAUUACCCUUUGCCACCCAUUAACACAAUUUUGCUUACGGGGGAUUUUGCACACGCCCGAAAGGACGUUGAUCCAAAUUAUCUGGAGGACGCUCUUAAGGAGUUCACAAGCGGCCUUUUCGAACGGUUUCCCCAGAAUUCCAAAUCCAUUCGGCAAGGGCACAGCGGAGCUUCUGCGUCAGAAGGGAUACAGCUCGUCUUAGUUGUGGGAAACCACGACUUCCCGCCUGCGGCACUUCUCCCUCCGCAGCGUACACGGGCAGAAGCUUCUAGCGAGAAAGUGAAGGGACGCCUAACAUUGGUACAGCUUUUUGUUAUUACAACAUCAAUCUGCGCUCUCCAGGACGCUUGUGCGCUGCAGACGUUCCUACGAGGAAUGUACUAUUCUACAGACCUGCGGGAGGAACCUAAAAUGCGCGUGAUAUGCCUAAACACGAAUUUCUACGCUGUAAAGCUGCGAAAGGCGGCAAUAGCCCUUAUACAGUCCAAUAAGCAUGAACUCGCUGGAGAGGAGACCGCUACUUCGCUCCCAGCCGCUGGAGAGGAUGCAGCCGAAGAAGCUGACCCAGCGGGACAAUUUGAGUGGCUGGAGGAAGAGCUCCGCUCUGCGCGAGCACGCGGACAACAAGUCAUAAUAUGUGGACACGUAAUGCCUGGACUGACUGUGCGGUUGAACGAAUUUGCAUAUUUCCGUGAUAACUGGGAAAGCGCGUAUACGGCCAGAUACAGGGAUUUAAUUUCAGCCUAUUCAGAUGUAGUUGCUGCCCAACUUUACGGGCAUCAGCAUGAGGGAACGAUGGUAGUGCUCCCUCCCAGAGGUACACAAGCUUGGAAGGACGCUCCGACUGCUGGGCCCCGCUGCAAUCCUCGUCAACCCAACCUGCCCACAGCUCUUCUCACCAUUCCUUCAAUCUCCCCCCAGAACGGCAACAACCCAACAAUGCGCGUGUUAGUGUUUGAUGGAGUCCAAGACAAUCAUCAGCAGCCCCAGGAAUAUGAAGAACGGGAAAGAGCGGGUGCAGGCGCUUAUGCGCUGGCAGACUAUGCGCAGUACCAUUUACCCUUGUAUGGGUUUGUCGGGCACUCAGGAUUUGGAAGAACAGGUCCAGCCUUCGAAUUUGAGUCGUCCUUUCAAGACAUCUUCAGGCCUUUCAUGAGGUGCGCUAAGCCGAGCCAGCUCUCUCUGGCAAGUGCGGCAAAAGGCCGGAAAUGCUCCGGGCCCACCAGGUGUAUUGACGGUUCGACUGCUCUUCAAGUCGCAGAUGCUCUUGAACGCUCGCCAUUCGCAUACGCCGAGUACAUGAAGCACCGCUAUGCUGGAGGGAAGGACGUUGCGAGCAAAGCAGCCAGUUGCGGUUCGCUUGCUGUGACAGAAGAGGAUUUUAUUGAGUGUAUUUAUCAAAUGAAGUGA